UGUAAAUAGUUGUUGUUUCACUAGAUUUUUGUUUCUCACCUUGUAAAAGUAGAAGUGUGUUGUGGGGUGGGGUUUUAGUUCUUCAUUCAUUUUCUUCUGUCAAAACAACAAUUAUUUUGGUGAAGAGAAAAUGGUGAAACCAUGGUUUAUAUUCAAGCAAUACCAUGUAUUAGUAAAGGUUACAGUUUUAAUGCUUUUAUCAAGUCUUGUUCUUCAUCUGCUUUACUCUACUAAUAGAACUCAUAGUUCAGUUGGAGGAGUUGCUUCAAUUGUCCCCACUGAAGAAGUUCCUUUUCUAAAGGAAAUAGUGGAAGCUGAGAAGGAUUAUUCUCUGGAGGAGAUCCAAGAAAACCCACAGCAGAAUCAAGUUCCUCGUAAAGGAAAAUGUGAUUUUUUUGUUGGGGAAUGGAUACCAGAUCCAUUGGGUCCAAUGUAUACUAAUGAGAGCUGUAAUGUAAUUACCGGAGAUCAGGAUUGCAUGUCCCAUGGACGACCCGAUUCAGGGUAUCUUUAUUGGAGGUGGAAACCAAGAGAUUGUGAGUUGCCGAGGUUUGACGCGGCGAGGUUUCUUGAUUCAAUGCGGAAUAAACAUUGGGGGUUUGUUGGUGAUUCGAUUUCUCGAAACCAUGUUCAGUCAUUGCUUUGCAUUCUCUCCAAGGUUGAAGCAGCAAAUGAUGUUUAUCACGACGAGGUGUACAGAGAUAGACGAUGGCACUUUCCAUCGUAUAACUUCUCCCUUUCCGUUAUCUGGUCUCCGUUCUUGGUUAAGGCAAUUAGUUCUCAAGGUUUCAAUGGUGGAGCGGCAGAUGACAUUCAGUUACAUCUCGAUGAACUUGAUAAGAGUUGGACGGAUCAUUACGCGAGUUUUGAUUAUAUGGUAAUGUCUGGUGGAAAAUGGUUUCAGAAAACUGCAAUCUACUAUGAAAACAAUACAAUUAUUGGGUGUCACAACUGCACAAGGAGGACUGAUUUGACAGAAUAUGGAUUCGACAAUGGUUACCGUAAAGCAACGAAGCUAGUAUUCGAGUUUCUCUCGAGUUCUAAUCACAACGUCUCAGUUUUGUACAGAACCACUACAGCUGAGCACUUCGAAAACGGGAAUUGGGACACUGGAGGUACCUGUGAUAGAAAAAUACCAUUUAAGCAAGGGGAGAUCAGUUUGCACGACCUCGAUAUUAAGUUACGUAAUGUAGAGAUGGAAGCAUUCGAGAAUUUGAAAACCGUCAGAUGCCCAGGGAAAAGGGAAGUUCUCAAAAUUUUUGAUGUUACUAGCCUUUCUUUACUUAGGCCUGAUGGACAUCCUGGUCCAUACAGAAAUCCCCAUCCAUUUGCAAAGGGUAAUAAAGCUAAAGUUCAGUAUGACUGUCUUCAUUGGUGUUUACCUGGACCGAUCGACUCUUGGAAUGAUCUGAUCAUGGAAAUGGUGAUGAAUGGCUGAACAUUAGUAACAUGAUACAUGUUAAUACGUUUUCGGCUACCAGAUAAACUAAUCCAAAUUAUUGUUAACUGCAGUACAAUGAAUGCUGUAUAAAAACAAGAAUGUUGGUUGUUUUUUCCUUUGUUCUUUUUUUUCUUUAUGGAUUUUGGAUUGGUGUCAGCAUCAAGCCAUCGAAGCAAGAAUAUUUCCUUUUUUUUUCUUAGAGAUAAGAAUAAUUGUGGGGUUUCAUUAGUUCCUCAAUUUAAAGACUAGAAUUUUUUUUCA